UUUGAGCCCUUAAAAGCCAGAUGACGUCCCGCUAGCAUUAGCUGUCAGCCGGUGCACUCGCUGUGGAGCCAUGGAGGUGACGCGUACAAAUUUUAAAGAAUGUUUAAAUACAGUGUACGCUGCCAUAGAAGAGGCUGACUUCCUAGCCAUCGAUGGGGAAUUUUCAGGGAUAAGUGAUGGUCCGAAUGUUAGUGCACUCACCAACGGACUGGACACGCCAGAGGAGAGGUACACAAAGCUUAAAAAGCACUCCAUGGACUUUCUGUUGUUCCAGUUUGGCUUGUGUACUUUCAAAUACGACCAGAAAGAGUCCAAGUAUGUCACAAAGACUUUUAACUUUUACAUAUUCCCAAAGCCAUUCAACAGAACGUCCCCUGACAUAAAAUUCAUCUGUCAAAGUUCCAGCAUUGAUUUCCUUGCAAGCCAAGGGUUUGACUUCAACAAGGUGUUCUGUCAUGGAAUCCCUUACCUGAAUCAGGAGGAGGAGGCUCAGCUCAGGGAGCAGGCGGAGGAGAGGAGGAAUCAGCAGGCAAACGGAGUAGGGACACCAUCGUUCAUCUCUCCAUCCUCCAAAGGUCCUGCAAACGUUCCAGAGGAGCACAAAGAGUUCAUCAACAAAGUGGUAGGGAAGAUCGAGGCACUUUUCACCAGUGCGGAGAAGACUGUAGACCUGGAGCCUUGCACAGGCUUUCAAAGAAAGCUGAUAUAUCAAACACUCAAUUGGAAGUUUCCUAAAGGGAUUCACGUGGAGACAGUUGAAACAGAAAAGAAAGAGCGAUACAUACAGGUCAGCAAAGUGGACGACGAGGAGAGGAAGAAGAUUGAACAGCAGAAACUGGAGAAGGAACAGGAGGAGCUGAACGACGCUGUGGGCUUCUCUCGGGUCAUCCACGCCAUCUCUAAAUCUAGUAAACUGGUGGUUGGUCACAACAUGCUGUUGGACGUGAUGCACACAAUCCAUCAGUUCUGCUGCCCCCUGCCGGAGGAUCUACAAGACUUUAAGGAGGUCACCAUGUGCAUCUUUCCAAGGCUUUUGGAUACAAAGUUAAUGGCGUCCACGCAGCCAUUCAAGGAGCUGAUCACAAACACGUCUCUGGCCGAGCUGGAGAAACAGUUGAAGGAGUGUCCAUUCAAGCCGCCAGAAGUCGAGGCAGCCGAAGGGUUUCCCAGUUACACCACAGCUCAGGAGCAGCUGCACGAGGCUGGCUACGACGCCUACAUCACCGGCCUCUGCUUCAUCUCCAUGGCCAACUACCUGGGUUCCUUCUUGACGCCACCCAAAUCCUACAUCUCUGCCCGAUCCAAACUGAUCGAGCCCUUUUUCAACAAGCUGUUUCUGAUGAGGAUCAUCGAUAUCCCGUACCUGAACAUCUCUGGACCAGACUUGCAACCCAAGAGAGACCACGUGCUGUACGUCACCUUCCCCAAGGAGUGGAAGACCAGCGACCUCUACCAGCUUUUCAGUGCCUUUGGAAACAUCCAGGUGUCGUGGAUGGAUGACACGUCUGCGUUUGUGUCCCUCAGUCAAACCGAUCAAGUCCAGAUAGCUGUCAACACCAGUCGCUACGCAGAGAGUUACAAGAUCCAGACGUACGCCGAGUACAUCCAGGGGAAGCGUCAGGAGAAGGAGAAGCUCGGCCAGACGGCGAAGACGUGGGGCGAGGACGGCUGGGUGAAGCCUCACUAUAACGCGCUGCGCUCCGGAUUCUCCUUUAAAAGUGGUCUGAGGAAACGCAGCAUCAGUCCGGUCCAGCCUGAGCAGGAGGGCUCUGAUGCUCCGGCUGCCGACGGCUGGAGUAACUUCUCCUAUCAAGACGGCACAGGGAGCAAGAAGAUGAGAACUGACGACGUGGUGGAGAGCAAAACCUCGGAGGGAUGGCUCAAGACCUCAGACUCGUCCGAGUCGGUGAAGUUGAACUCCGUCCCGUGUGAGCAGGGGAGUCCCAGCAGCGAGCAGAUGUCCGACGACACAGAGGGAACCGGCGCCUGGCAGCAGGCGGGCCGCAAAGCUCAGAAGAAGAAAAAGAAGACUGAAGAAGCCAAAUCCUCCUCUCUGUUCGAGGUGCCGGAGGUCUGGUAGCGAACGCUGCGGAGCCUUUCAGUCCAGUAGCACUCGGCCGCCUCCAUCCCGGGGGGAGGGGGGGAGCGAGCCCAGCGAUCACGCACUCACAACUCUCAGCCAAACUGGAGCAGCCGCCCCGCCGGAGGCCGCGGCCCGCUCAGUCUCAGAGGUUCUCACGCCGGACUCCACGUCCCGGCCCCUGACUUUUAAAUCACCUUUUUUACGAGUUUCCCAGCGUUCCACCGCACAACCUCCGCUUCAGCCACCGACAUCGCUGUGUUUAAAGUUCCUCUCCGUUUUAAAAAAAAAAGUAAAUGAUGUCGUCUCCCACUUUUAUCAAACCUGAACGAGCUGAUCAAUAAUGUGAUAUUUAUUAUUGUUGGCGUUUUCAUGAGGUGCUUUUGCUUUUGUACAGACUUCUGUUUCUUACUGUGUUUUGUAACUGUAACCCUGGAAUGUUCAAGAAUGUUCUCAUGCAAAUGUAAAGACCUGAUGAUGUGUUGAAUUUUGUAUACCUUUGAAAAUUCCCUAAUUUCCCUAAAGUGGGGGGAAAAAAAAUUA